UCACGCGAUCCAGAACAAAUCCGAUGUAAUCCUGCAAUAACUCAUCAGCAUAUAAAUAAGUACCGAAAUUAUUGCCCGGAAAAAUGCGACAAUUGCAGACAUCUGAUGCAGAAGACAAGUGUGAUUGUGGCAGAAUCUGGAAAAUCAUGUCGUGAGGAUUUCGAGAUUACGUGCCAUGGUGAUCAUAUUGCCUUGUGUUUCUGGUCAGGUUCUCGGGGAAACAGAAUUGUGGUGCAAGUGGUUAACGGGGAAAUACAUGUAACAACAGAUAGAAAAACUUGGCAAGAGUCCCUUCGGAGUGUAUUUCAACGAAACUGGAAAAGUUUAUUGGGUACUUUUCUCUGUGUUGCAGGGGGGGCAAUGAUCACAUUUGGAUCAGCUGUCCCUGGUCUGCCCGUGGUAGGAGGAGGUCUUACUACGCUUGGUGUCGCUCUUCUCAAAGGUAACUCUAAUAACGCAAUAACUGAUGGGAAGACAUACCAAAUAACUGAAAAGUAG